UCUGUCAUGUAACAUAACAUUAGUUUUCUUCUACCAUCACGGCACGAUGCGAUGUCUUGACGCUUUGGAAAUUACGUCCGGCUAUGGCUACUUGGAUUUGUACUUGCCAUCUUCUGCUAAUAGCUAAUUUAUAAGUGAUUUCGAAAUUAAUUUGAAAGGCAAAUGAAGAUCGCAGCGUAGCCUUUUCCUCUGGCCUGCAAGAUAGGAUAAAUGCCACGUACACCCUGCUUUCUCGACGGCAAUGGAGCUGUGGCAAGAUGGAUGUUUCCAGCGCUGUUUAUUUUGGGAUUGGCACUGCUGCGAUCGCGAGUGGAUGCCCUUAUCAUUCCCACAGAUGGCGGCAUCACGGUUGCUGAUUUGCUAGCAACCCAGGGUAUCUUACCGCAAGGGGUGGUGGACUUGAAGCAACUCAGUACAGGACCUGUUACCACAGCGCUGCCCAUAUCGCCCCUGGCCAUGCACGGUCGGGGAAACUCCUUACCUGAGAGUCUCAUGGCUAUUAAGCUGCCAACCUUUGCUCGCCGAAUGCCACCUCCGCCGAUUCCAAUGGGGCCAAGCCCGCCCCUGCCCCCUAGUGAAAAUCCUUACACGGCGCUGGACUUUGCAGCAUUGAUUAGUUCCUUCUCCCUUGGUGUCCCUGUUAUCGGCUUGGCACCAGGCCAACACCUUACCGUGGCGUAUUUGGGGCUAGACGCAACAGAGGUCGACAGCCCCAUGGGAUCGUACAUAUAUUACACGGGUGCGGCGUUAAUUGACCUCUUUCCCAUCCUCCUCUUCAACGUCCCCACGGAGGCGACCCUCACACUACAAAACGUCACCUUCCUCCUCAAUCGGCUGGAGUUGUACCACUUCCUGAGGUACCUGGCCACCUCCACAAGCGCAUGGCCGUACACCGAGACAGUAACCAUUCGUGAGGGAGUCAUCCAGAUUGGACAGCUCACCACAACAGCUCGUGUAACUAGCGGACCAUCCAACAGCUCUUCGCCCAGCAGGGUAUCCGCUGGCGGCUUGGUGCACUGGUCUGAUGUGACGCUCACAUGUCCAGGUUACGGCCUGCAAGGAACUUUCGCUGCUGCGGCUGCGGCCGUGGUCACGGAUGGCGGCCGACAGUUGCGCCAAUCUGGGCUGGCAGCAAUGAUUGGCAGCAUGACGUCCGGAGCCCUGUUCCUGUCUGUGGCUGCAGAUGUAGCACUGCCCACGGAUGGGAGCUGGCAGCCGGUGCUGCUACCUGCGAAAGUGCUGACAGUGCUGCUUGGGAAGCCGGAACGAAACACAACGAUCGACCUAGCCGGAGUUGAACGCGCAUGGUACACAUCCAGCGAGCACAACAGCAGCAGCAGUAUAGCUGAGGCGGUGCAGAUGUCUGACCUUACACUCAUCAACUUGCCGUACACGACGUCGCCUACCAAGAUGACCAGCCUGCUAGCAUUGAGCUUGCAGAGCUUUGGGAUCGCCAGAUUCAAUUCUAGUUCGUCCGUGGCGCAGCUGGUCCUCAAGCGCUGUACAAUCGUCAUACCUGACCAAGAAAUUGCCUUCCUGGAGCGAGUGUUGCUGAGUAAAAGAACCUCCGCCGGGGCUUCCCCUUCAGUGGAAAAACUAGCAACACUUUUUGCUGUGCUAAAUGCAAAGGGCACACCGAGUGACAUCCCUGGGGCCUCACUGUUCGUGUCGGAGCUACGAUUGGGAACUCAGGUUUCCCUGCUCAACUGCACGCUGCUGUCUGCCAGCUACUACUCGGCGCUGCCAGGUGCCCGGCCGCUGCUGCCACAGUCGCUGCUGUGGCUUCCUGAGGUGCUGCAUGGGGAUGCGGCGACAGCAGCGCAGUGGGGUCCCCUAGGGCUCGGUUUUGCUGAGGGCUUGCAGGAUGCCCUGUCCAACCUUUCAAUGGCAUGUGGGCCAUUGCCAAGCAGGUCACCUGUUACCUUCAUUACACGACCUGAUGAUCAAAGUGUUCCUCAGUUGUUGCCGCCACCAGCUAAAGCAAGCACAAUCCGCAUCACGAGUGGUGACAUGCCAGCGUUUGCUGGCAGGUGCAUUGUUGAGGGCUACCUGCAUGAGCUCGAGGGCAACCGUAUCUUCUCUAACCUUCAGGGCGCCAUCGGCCACGUUGAGCUUCUCCAGCCCAUCACCCUCCGAGGCUUGGUUCUCUACAACCUGGCUCCCGGUGGCAUGUAUCCCUUCGUUGCCAGCGCUGCUCCUAAUGCUACAAAUUAUGGGACAAGUGGAGGCAGCAACAACAGCCAGGGAGCCCCUUUGGUUGCGCCACAGCUGAAUGGACCCGAUGCGGCAUGGACCAACAGCUCCUUGCCACUGUGGUUCUUUUCAUUCACCAGGAAUCCGAGCAGUGCACAAGCGCAGGCCUCACAGCAGCAGGCGCAGGCGGAUAUGCUGUUCCUUGAAAAUGUUAUCCUGGUGGUUCCUGAGUUGGAGUGGCGAGCGUUGGUUGCAGCAUUACUUCUGCAGCAUGGUGGCUUGGGUGCGGCCACAGAGCAGCAUGGACGGCGUCUGUCCGCAAUGACGCUGGAAGAGCAAGGUUCACCACUACCCGGGCCUCCACCAUAUGGAAGGCGCCCACAAAUCCCAGCACCCUCGUUGAGGCGGCUGGCAGCAGACGAGCAGUUGGGCCCACCGGGCUAUGUCAGCAACGGUGUCUUAUUGCAACCAGCAGCUGAUGGUGGUGUAGUUCUGCAAAGUGCACCAUUGCCACCACCGCUGCCAUGGCCACCCCAACCCUCAUCACCACCCCCACCGCGCCCACCCCAGCUACCCCAGCUACCCCGGCCACCCCAGCCACCACCACCAAGGCGGCCCUUUCCACCAUCCUCACCACCAGCACGCCCCUCCACGUCCCCCUCACCACCGAUACCAUCCUAUCCGCCGCCCUCGCCUUUUUACACGGAUACCACCUAUGCAGCACUCCUAGACUUCGCAGCUGCCUCACAGGUCGCUUCGUACAACUACAGUGCUGGCGUGUUGGUCUUGGCAGUCGCAAGGCACUAUGGAUGGAUUGGGACCAACGUGACGGUGACAUACGAGAUGCCGGUGGAUGCACCGAGCGGUGCUAAGCUUCUGUCGUACCCGUCUCCCAUCAGCUUGCCGUACCAGGUGCUUGCAGAUAUGGACAUCAAUGUAAGCAUGCCCACACCUCCGCCAGCCAACAAGGCCGUGGAUGAACUCCUGGCCAACCCACCGCCACCUCCCAUACCAGUACCACCUCUGUUACAAUUAACAAGAGGAUCUUCCGAUCCCAGCUCAGCUGCUGUUGGCAGCAGGGAGCCACCAAUCUCACCAUCACCAUUCCAAGUCGUGCCAACCUCCUCAUCAGGCCCUGUUGACAAUGAGGGUCACCGCCACCGCCCAUACUGGUUAGCCCCUGUUGUAGGCUCCCUAGUGGCCCUCCUAUCACUCCUGCUUCUACUCAUCCUGGCAAGAAAGGGGCUUGCUCUCACUGCCACCAAGCAACAACACCAGCGCCCCGCUGUCAGCCCGGGUGGUACAGACGACAUCCCUCUGGUCCGAGUGGUUUGCAACAGUGAAGAAUCAGACGUCCUUGGCUGCAAGGCCCUGAGGAGCGACGCGGAUUGCAAGGGUGGAGUCACUGGCAGCAGCUCCCGGAGGACUACUACCCUAGACACGAGUGACAGCAGCAGCUUCCUACCCACGGUAUCCGCGACAACCGAGCAUGAACUGGUCACCAGAAGUGUACCCGCCGUGGCCUACGGAACGCCUGCUGCUGGGAGAGGUUUGGGCAGACGUCCAUCAGCUACUGAUGAGCUGCUGCUGAAGCAGAAGCGCCACUGUGUUGUUUCUUUGAAGCCCUACCACGUAGCAUCGUACUGCACUCUGGUGGCAACAACGGCAACAACCACCGCCUCCACUUCAGUUGGUGAGCAGUCAAUGCGGUUACAGCAGCAGCAGCAGCAGGGAAAGGAGCUGCUUGGUGACUGCAAUGAUGGCAGCAAGACAUGCGAGCUUUCUGUUGCUGGGGCACAAGGAAACGGGCAGCAGGGCGUCAAGAGCCUCUUACAAAGCAUGCAGGCGUACUACAGUUGCCUUCAAGUCCCUGCAACCCUCAGCGGUACUCAACUGGAUGAGGAGGAGUGCGCUCAUCGACAACGGUAUCCUCAGCCAGCCUCAGCGGGUAGCCAGGAUGUUCACGAUGACAGCAGCAGGACAACGUCAUCGCAUGUGUCUGUGAGCAUGACCGACUUGCCUCCUGCUGAUGUACCACUGGAGGUCCGUGAGGAGGUUCGUGCCGUGAAGGCCGAUUUGUGGGACCCAGACCUAACAUUCUGCGGAGUGAUAGGGAGGGGCACGUCCGGUGUGGUAUACCGCGGCCUAUGGAGGGGUCUGCGAGUGGCAAUCAAGACAUUGGUGACGUCGGUUGCCACAAUAGCAGGCCCAAGAGGCUUCACAAAACAGUGCGCAAUCCUGGAGUCGGCCAUUUCAAUGAGCUUGUAUCAUCCCAACAUAGUUGCUACUUACAAAUACGACAUAAAGCCGCUGGUCCAAAAGCCAACACCCGCUACCACAAGCCCCAGCACAUCAUCUGGAUCCAGCAUGGCACCAUCCGCAGCUACCUCUGGAACUGGAUCUGACGCGGAGGGUACAGCGGAUGUGUUCAAGCUCUACAUCGUACAGGAGUUCUGCAACGCCGGUACUCUGCGCCGCGCGCUAGAGUACGGCAUGGCUGGCAGCGUCCGUGCCGGUGGGCUGCUCCGGCUACUUGCACUGCGGCUGGCUUUGGAUGUGGCACAGGGCAUGCGGCACAUACACGGCUGCCGCGUCGUGCAUGGAGACCUGAAACCGGACAACGUGCUGCUAGUGAGCGGCCCACGUGUUUCAAGCGAUGUCGAUGAUGCCGAUAACACUGCUCCUUCUUCUGCUGGUGGCACAGCAGCAGCAGCAGUAGCAGCGGGUGCUGAGGAUGCACCCCACACCAACAACAGCAGCAGGGGCCAUUCCGUUGGCAAGUCGGGCAUGGCAGCAGUGAUGCAGCAGCAGCAGCAACUGCAGCAGCUGCAGCUCACAGCCAAGGUGGCGGAUUUCGGGCUCAGCCUGCCGCUGCCCGAGGGAGCCACGCACGCCUCACAACGCUUCCAGGGAACUCCCGCCUACAUGGCUCCAGAGGUCGCGACCGACGGCCAGGUGUCCCCUCGUGCGGAUGUGUGGUCGUUUGGGUUGCUGCUGUUGGAGCUCUACUACGGCUGCAUGCUGUUGGAUCUGAGCACUGUUCAGAUGGCGGCAGCAGCCACAGCAGCCGCGGGUGGAGGAGCAGGAGAGGCGGUGCUCCAAAGUGACGGACAUGCCAGCAGCAGCUGCAGCUGUCCUAAACAGGAGCAGCAACCUUUGCACCAGGUCUUGAUCAAGGAUAUGCUCACCUCAGGCCACCAGUCAUACGCUGAGUUGGUGGCGGCAUGCUUGGCUGUUGACCCGCACAGCCGCCUUGGUUUCGGAGAUAUUGUCAGACAGUUGGAGCAAGAACUGCUCAGCGCUGGCAGCGAUAUGUAACAAGAAGGCAACUGUCAUGAAAUGGGUGCCUGGACGGAAUGGUUGGUGGAUGGAGGUUGGCACGAUUUGGGUUGCAGGAGGAGGGUUCUCGUCAGUAUAGCUUACUUGAAAUUCUCUGUACCCUGCCUGCGGUUUACAAUAACCUACCACCCUUGCCUGGUUUUGGAAGCGCUUGGGGUUAGAAGGCUAGCUAUGCCUGCUACUGUUAUUUAUGGCUACUAAGCAAGAAGAAAAUAGUUACUGUUGGCAUCUGCUUUUGCGUUUUGUGCAUGUUGUACGAAUGUCUCGUAAAGGCGGGAGAUGGAUCCAAACGGCCUGCUGCUGAGGCUGCACUUAUUGUCUACUAGUAAUUUCCAGAUUAAAACAUUUGUCACAGCUACAUAGAAUGGUUUUUGCUUGAGAUGUCAUCACUGGUGGCUGGCACAGAAACGGCCAAAUGUUUCGUACCUGGGUAUGGAUGCUCUGUGUGCGCCAACUUCGUGCUAACCAUGUAUGUACUGUGAUGCCGCAUGCAUGUACGUACAUAUACGGAGAUAGAGCCGCCCCUAUCUUGAGUUGUUCUGUUCGUCCUGUUGCCACAUGCGCCUGCGUGCCUGUUACAUACAACUCUGAACUGAACCUUAUAAUCUACAUACAUGUAUAUCUUUAUAGAGGGUCUCGCGUGCUGGGUGAUGACGACCCGUGGUUCAAUAGGACAGCUAAUGCUCAAAAGCGUCAUGCGUGUUGAUAACAGCGUCUAAGUGAUGUGUUGUCAAGGUUUUGUCCGCGAGGAAGGGAGCAUGCAUUCCGGCUGAUGAGGGAACUCUUUCACGUGCGUGCCUUUGGUUGCUCUUGAGACAGGGUGACGUCUCCGCCGCUUAGCUUUCGGAACCUAAGGAUCCUUAUUAGGACUUGACGUUGUGGGGUGAUGCUGUUAGCCGGCGGACAAUGAGGGAACUUGAAGCAGCUAACUAGCUUACGGUAUCACUUCGCGUUUGCUUUCCUAUGCAACCUAUAAUUUUACUGAAUGGAGGCGUAGCACCCCCCCCACUGAAAAGUGCGUGUUGGCCUGCACUUGCUUAUAGACUGUACAUUGGCGAUUGAAUAGCAAUGUCGUCUGUUGAGUUGAGGUGUGGAUGUUGAAAGCUGCGCUAUAUUGAAAAAUUGGACAGAUUGCGUACGGUAUUUGAGAAAAUGCUUAUUGUGUAUUGCUGGCCUCCGGCUAUCUAUGAUCUGCCGCUAUCGGUGGAGUUAGUGUACGACGAACUAUGGCCAUGUAACCGUGUCCGAAGUUCUAAACUACUCUAAUCUGUAUCUGUCUUAGACACGCAUGCAUGCUUACCUUUCGAUCGGCCAAUCCGCCUCGUAUCAGUAUCUCGUAUCUCUCUCCC